AUGUCUGCUUCAUAUAACCCUGAUGAUUUAUUUCGUAAGGUGCGAGUGGAAAAUGCGCUCAACUACCAGCCCCGGGAAAGAGAUCGCAUAUUCCUAUCGUACCCCAAAUGUGGGACGUGGUUGGCCUCGUACUACAUACUGUACAUCAUGAGCAACGGUAGGUUAGCCACUGCCGACCCGAAGCUCUACGGUAGGCACAUGUUGGAGAAAAAUGGUGACGCCAUGGGAUGCCUACCGGAGCUCGAGUCGGAACGGUGUUCGUUCGUGUGGUCGCACCUGUCGUUCACGCAAUUAGCGUACAAUUUGGUCCCAAAAUAUCUGAUAGUUUUGCGAAACCCGAAAGACGUUUGCGUUUCGCUCUACAAUAAAAUGAUUAAACGGAUGGCAAAGGACCUCGACUUUCAUCAGUACUUCCAGUUGUGGGUCAGAGGAGAAGGUAUGCCAUACGGAGACUACUUUCAGUCAAUGCGCUCGUAUUGGAAGCACCGGAUGGAUGGCAACUGUACUGUCAUUACAUAUGAGGAGAUGUUAGCAAAUCCGAGGGACAGUAUUGUGAGAAUCGCCUCAUUUUUGGGACCGAAAUAUGAGGAACGACUGAUUUGUAGUGCAAAUGAGAGCACCGGUAGUACACUAUUAGAUCACUUAUUACAGGAGUCGAAGUUUGAGGACAAGGAAACCACGGAUGAGAUAAUGUAUAAGAAAUACAUGGAAGACGUGGUCCACGACUGGAGGGCUGUUAUGUCCAGAGAUGAGAGCGAUUUGAUUGACCAGAGGGUUAGGGACGAGUGGAUGGGAACGGGAUUAGAGUCACUGUGGGAGCGGGAGAUGAAGUGGUCGACUGAAAUUAAACUGGAUCAUAUGUUUCAAACAGUACGUGGUAUGCCAUUCCUAAAGCAAACCGACACAAAGUCUGUCGAAAGCGCAUUAGACUACCAGCCCCGGGAAAGGGAUCGCAUACUAUUAUCGUACCCAAAAUCAGGAGCAUUUUGGGGCCCCUAUUUUGCGCUCUACAUAAUGGGCUCCGGUAGGCAACCUCCACGUGAAUCAAAAGACUACGGUAAACACAUGUUGGAGAAAAAUGGCGACGCCAUGGGCUGCCUACCCGGCCUGGAGUCUGAGCUAAUAGGGUUCGUGUGGUCGCACCUGUCGUUCACACAAUUGGCGUACAAUUAUCGCCCAAAAUAUCUCAUUAUUUUGCGAAAUCCGAAAGACGUUUGCGUUUCAAUGUAUAAUCAAUGGGUUCACCGCAUGAAAGGGGAACUGGAUUUUCCACAAUUCUUUAAUAUAUGGAUCAGCGGAAAGGUAUUGCCGUACGGCGACUACUUUGAACACACACGCAGGUUAUGGGAGCACCGGUAUCGGGCAAACUGUACGGUCAUUGUAUACGAGGAGAUGGUAGCGAAUCCGAGGGACAGUAUUGUGAGAAUCGCCUCAUUCUUGGGACACAAAUAUGUGGACCAACUGUACAACCGGUGCGAUGACGGCGCCGGUAGUGAUGAUAAGCUUAUGGAUCGCAUAAUACAGGCCUCAAAGUUUGAGGACAACAACGAUGGGACUGAAGUGUUGUAUAAAGAGUACGGCGAAGACAUUGUCAGCCUUUGGAGGGAUGUUAUGACGAGAGAUGAGAGCGAUUUGAUUGACCAGAAAGUUAGGGACGAGUGGAUGGGAACGGGUUUAGAGACACUGUGGGAACGGGAGAUGAAGUGGUCGACUGAGUAA